UCCAACAUUUAAUGUGACCCACAACGCUUUACUCGCCUCCCUCCUACCAAACUUCUAUAAAUCAACCACUCCGCCCGUCGUCAUCAACCACCGCCACCGACCCAAAAUGGUGCACCCCAUUACAGAAGCAAAUGAGACCAGCCCUUUUGGUAUACUCACGCCGGAACAGUUCUACGCCCACCACGCCGUCACUCACUCCCACGACCACAUUACGAAUCCACGGGGACUCAAACUCUUCACUCAGUCAUGGACACCACUCCCGCCCACCAAAAUCAUCGGCAUCAUCUGCGUCGUCCACGGUUAUACCGGCGAGUCCAGCUGGUUCGUCCAACUAACCUCCGUUCACCUCGCUAAGGCCGGCUUCGCCGUCUGUGCGAUCGACCACCAGGGUCACGGCUUCUCCGAAGGUCUCCCACUUCAUAUCCCUGAUAUUAAUCCAGUCGUUGACGACUGCAUCUCGUUCUUCAAUUCCUUCCGUGAGAAGCACGCGCCGUCGCUUCCUUCCUUCCUCUACUCGGAAUCCCUCGGUGGCGCCAUCGCUCUCCUCAUCACUCUCCGUCGCAACGGAGCCGGCAAACCCUACGACGGUGUCGUCCUUAACGGUGCUAUGUGUGGAAUCAGUGACAAGUACAAACCGCCAUGGCCGUUGGAGCACUUCCUAUCUGUCGCCGCGGCGUUGAUACCAACGUGGCGCGUGGUUCCCACUCGUGGCUCGAUUCCAGAUGUAUCCUUCAAGGUGGAAUGGAAACGGAAAUUAGCGAUGGCUAGUCCAAGAAGAUCGGUGGCGAGGCCACGCGCCUCCACGGCACAAGAACUCCUACGGAUUUGCAGGGAGAUGCAGAGCAAGUUCGCGGAGGUGGAGAUCCCAUUUCUGAUAGUUCACGGCGGCGAUGACGUUGUUUGUGACCCGUCUUGUGCAGAGGACCUUUACCGACGCGCCGCCAGUAAGGAUAAGACGAUGAAGAUCUACCCUGGCAUGUGGCAUCAACUGGUUGGAGAACCCGAUGCUGACGUGGAGGUUGUGUUUGGCGAUGUCGUUGAUUGGCUGAAAUCCAGAGCCAUCGGCGGCGGAGACCCUUGAAACGGCCGCCGUGAUACAGUUGUGAAAUUGAUAAUUAAGGGAAUUGUAGUAAUGUUUUAAUUAUUAAAAUAUUUAUUUACAUUAUUAUGUUAUGAGCCAAUCUGCUGAUAAACGGGUAACGGAAAAGUGGAUAAAUAUAACGAUUU